AACCGUACGCGGCGCUACAGACACCAAACCCAACCCGCUCAUCACAACCCAAUAAACACACACACACACACACACAACUAGGACCAUGAAAUUCUCKGCAGCAAUCCUCUUGUCCCUGACGCUGGGCAGCAUCGAGGCCUUUUCCCCGAACGCCUCCCCCAGCCGGACCGCCACCGUGGUCCGGAGCGCCGUCGACGAGGCCGUCGACACCAAGGACUCCAGCAAGGGCGGCGAGACCAAGGACCCCCUCCUGAUCCGCGCCGCCAAGGGAGAAAAGGUCGAGCGAACCCCCGUGUGGAUGAUGCGACAGGCCGGCCGUCACAUCCAGGAAUACCGGGACCUCUGCAAGAAGUACCCCACCUUUCGCCAGCGCAGCGAGAUCCCCGAGGUCGCCGUGGAGGUCUCCCUCCAGCCGUGGAGAAACUACAAGACGGACGGGUGCAUCCUGUUCUCCGACAUUCUGACCCCCCUUCCCGGGGUCGGUUGCGAGUUCACGAUCGACGAGAAGCUCGGGCCCGUCAUGGAUCCCAUCAAGAACUGGGACGACGUCAAGAAGGUGCGUGCGUGUGUGUCUGUGCGAAGUUUUGUUUCGUGUCGUGUCUUGUCGUGUCGUGUUGUGGCCGCUGGCAACAACGGCGGCGACGCUGGCGAUGGAUGGAUGGAUGGAUGGAUUGGCGUGCCGUGCCGUGCACGGAUGUACUUGCACAUUGUAGCGUAGGCACAGGACGGCAAGGGAAGAAUUUUCCGCAAGGGCUAGCAAAAAUACGAAUCUGUGGACUCACAACGCCGUCGUUUGUUUUUUUUUUUCGUUCCUCGAAACACUGAACCAAAUCCGAAUCAUCCGCUGCGACAGAUGCACCCCAUCGAUCCCUCCGCCGCUGCUCCUUUUGUUGCAGAAACCCUCCAGAUCCUUAGAAAGGAAGUCGGCCCCGAGACCGCCGUCCUCGGAUUUGUUGGAUGCCCCUACACCCUUGCCACGUACAUGAUCGAGGGCAAGACUUCCAAGGAAUACCUCGAAAUCAAAAAGAUGGCCUUCAACGAGCCAAAGCUGCUCCACACCAUCCUCCAGAACCUGGCGGACAGCAUCGGGGACUACGCCCUCUACCAGAUCGAGAACGGCGCCCAGCUGAUCCAGAUCUUCGAUUCCUGGGCCGGCCACCUGUCGGCCCGCGACUACGAAGAAUUCGCCAUGCCCUACCAGAAACAGAUCCUCGACAAGAUCAAGAAGCACCACCCCGAGAUCCCCACCGUUGUCUACAUCAAGCACUCGGGCGCCCUGCUCGAGCGCAUGGCCGGAACCGGUGCCGACGUCGUCUCGCUCGACUGGACCGUCGACAUGGCCGAGGGACGAGCUCGCGUCAACAAGGGCCGGGAGCUCGCCGGCCUCUCGGGACCGGGAGGAGUACAGGGCAACCUGGACCCCGGCGUCCUGCUCUCCAACCACGACACGAUCCGGGAGCGAACGGAGGAGAUCCUGAGAAAGGCGGGCCCCACCGGGCACGUCAUGAACCUGGGACACGGGAUCGAGGCCUGCACGCCCGAGGAGAACGCCGCCUGCUUCAUCGAGACGGUCCGAAACUUCCGCCACGAGGAGUAAACAAUACUCUACAGCGAGGACCGCGACACAAAAACACACUACACUACACUGCUAGUACAAUAGUCCAUUAAAUAAUCAUAACCAUG